UAUGCUUCACCCUGUGAAGCCUCCAGAGAAGUAGAGCUACACGCGGAGCAGGAGAAGUUCUUGGAAGCCUCAUCAGCUUUUUUCAUACUCUGGAGGCAAAGCAUUAAGAACUCCUUGGCAGAUUCAACCCAGAGCUUUAUGAACCUUGGAAAGUUUGAAGACUAAACACUGAGAAUCCGUAUUGUGUGACAGCGGAGAGAAAAAGACCAGGGAAAGCAUUAAGUAAAGAGAAGAAUGCAUCGCUUUCUUAUGCUUCCACUGAUGUCCUGCCCGCCAUGCUCCUCUCAGCCAAUCGCUGCCCAGAUUCUCCGAUGGCUGUCUAUUGAAGGGGCCGCCGGCGAAUGCUGAGCAGGCUGGCGAAGUCGAGGUCUGCCUCACUGUCCUGUGAUUGGCCGCUGGACGGGACUGAGGCUACAUGGAGCCAAUGUCCAACAAGCAGGAUAGCAACUCAUCAGAGGGAGAGGAGAAAGGGUGGCCAGAUGUGCCAAAGAGAAAGAGUAAGAACAGCCAGUGUUCGGUGAAGAGCGUGUCUGCUCUUAGUGUCUCUGUUCCAGGGUACAUCCCCAGCUACCUGGAGAAGGAUGAGCCGUGCGUGGUGUGUGGGGACAAGGCGACCGGCUACCACUACCGCUGCAUCACCUGCGAGGGUUGCAAGGGUUUCUUCCGCAGGACCAUCCAGAAGAACCUCCAUCCAGCUUACUCCUGUAAAUAUGAAGGCUGCUGCAUCAUUGACAAGAUCACCCGCAACCAGUGCCAACUGUGCCGCUUUAAGAAGUGCAUCGCUGUGGGCAUGGCCAUGGACUUGGUGUUGGACGACUCAAAGCGCGUGGCCAAGCGGCGUCUGAUCGAGGAGAAUCGACAGAAAAGAAAGAGGGAGGAGAUGGUGCGGACGCUGCAAACGAGGCUGGAGCCAAACACGGCAGAGUGGGAGCUGAUCAGGAUGGUAACCGAGGCCCACCGGCAAACCAACGCCCAGGGCGCCAGCUGGAAACAGAAGCGCAAGUUCCUGUCGGAUGACAUUGGCCAGGGCCCGAUGCUGCCCACUUCCGAAGGAGAUAAGGUGGACCUGGAAGCCUUCAGCGAGUUUACCAAGAUCAUGACCCCCGCCAUCACGCGCGUCGUCGACUUUGCCAAGAAGUUGCCCAUGUUCUCAGAGCUGCUUUGUGAAGACCAGAUCAUCCUGUUGAAAGGCUGCUGCAUGGAGAUCAUGUCGUUGCGCGCCGCCGUGCGCUACGAUCCGGACAGCGAGACGCUGACGCUCAACGGCGAGAUGGCCGUGAAGCGUGAGCAGCUGAAGAACGGCGGGUUGGGCGUGGUGUCAGACGCCAUCUUUGAUUUGGGCAAGAGCCUGGCUCAGUUCAACCUGGAUGACUCGGAGGUGGCUCUGAUGCAGGCGGUGCUGCUCAUGAGCUCAGACCGGUCGGGGCUGACCAGUAUGGAGAAAAUAGAGCAGUGCCAAGAGGCCUACCUGCUGGCGUUCGAGCACUACAUCAACUACCGCAAGCACAACAUUCCCCACUUCUGGCCCAAACUGCUGAUGAAGGUGACGGACCUGCGCAUGAUCGGAGCUUGCCACGCCAGCCGCUUCCUCCAUAUGAAGGUGGAGUGUCCCAACGAACUCUUUCCUCCGCUCUUCCUGGAGGUCUUCGAGGAUCAGGAAGUGUGACUCGAAGAACGUUAAAAAGCACGGCACCCCUUAAAAAGAACCCUGGAAGGAAAUAAAUUAGGGGGUGUCUGUGGCAGAGGUGGAAGUGUGGGGUAAGAACAAGAGUGGGGAAAAACAAAUAGAUUUUUUUAUUUUUUUCAGGGGAAACAUGCCCUGUAAACUUCUUUUUGUCCCUUUUUUUUCUGUAACACCCUCAAAAGGUCCAGCACCUCCCAUCAGCA